AGGAGCUAGCACGUGAUCAGUUCCAACCUUAGGGCUUUCCUUCCUUUUUGAACUUGUUCGCCCCACCAAUAUUGCGCGCAGAACGAAGCCCGGCUUUCCAAUCCUCACAUCGUCACGUCACAAAAAUCAGUAAAGAUGCAGAUUUUCGUGAAGACCCUGACGGGCAAGACCAUCACCCUCGAGGUCGAGUCCUCGGACACCAUCGACAAUGUCAAGUCCAAGAUCCAGGACAAGGAGGGCAUCCCCCCUGACCAACAGCGACUGAUCUUCGCUGGUAAGCAGCUCGAGGAUGGCCGAACUCUCUCCGACUACAACAUCCAGAAGGAGUCCACCCUUCACCUCGUCCUCCGUCUCCGUGGUGGUAUCAUUGAGCCCUCGCUCAAGGCCCUUGCCUCCAAGUUCAACUGCGACAAGAUGAUCUGCCGCAAGUGCUACGCUCGUCUCCCUCCCCGUGCCACCAACUGCCGCAAGCGCAAGUGUGGACACACCAACCAGCUCCGACCCAAGAAGAAGCUCAAAUAAACGAUUACUCCAUGGAUGUGGCGUCUGGGAUUUGGCAUUUGGGGGUCGAUGGCAAGGACAGAGGAGAGCUUCUUUUCUUUUGUUCAUACGAGGCUGGUUGUUUUUACAUUAGCAUGUGCAGCUCAGGCAAUACAUUCUAGAUGAUGCCCAUAUUGACGAUGUGCCGUGCCGCGAGGUGUUCCGGCCAGACCCCUUCAAAAGAAAUAAAAGCAUUCACGCUUCGAGAUGGUUAUGUGCAUGGAAAUGAGUGACUGUGGGCAAUCUUGGGGUCAGCUAUGAUGUUAGCGAUACGAGUCUUAGCUUGCAAGGCUCCCGAAAAUUGAUUCUCAACCUACAAAGCAUUCCUCUGUUAACUUUGCCAUGUAAAUGCAAC